UUUAUGAACUUGUCUUCUCACUUUCUAGACUUAUCCCCAACAUUUUCUUAGCUCAUGGUAGUUAAGUCCCUUUCCUAAUUUGUCAUUUUUUCUUCUUCUGUAUACAUAAUGAACAGCAGCAAGCAGUUGAUAUGUUACCCAAAUGUUUUGGGAUAGUCUAUUUUAUAGGAGAAGACAAGAAAGAGAAGCCAAAUUAAAUAUGGAUUGGAAUAAUAAUAGUGAUAUCUUAAAAAACUCAUCAGCCUUUGUUUCUUGCACCCCCGAGAUCUCCUCCAGCAACUUACUUUACAAUAUUAACCAACUUGAUAGUUUUCCUGGUUUAGAGGUAAUAAAGCAUCAAUGUUCAGUUGAUGAGAUGAUGGGUUCAAAUAUUGUUGCAACGCCAAGUAUGGGAAUGGGAAGAGACAUGAUUAUGAUGAGUUUUGGCAAUAAUCAAGAGAAGAUGAAAAGGCGGUUGACGACGAAUCAACUAGAGUCAUUAGAGAGUAGUUUUCAGGAAGAGAGGAAGUUAGACCCUGAUAGAAAGAUGAAGCUUGCAAGAGAGCUGGGUCUUCAACCUCGCCAAGUUGCGGUGUGGUUCCAAAAUAGAAGAGCAAGGUGGAAGGCUAAGAAACUUGAGUAUUUGUAUGAUGCUCUUAAGCUUGAAUUUGAAAAUGUGUCUAAGGAGAAGCAGAAACUCCAAGAUGAGGUACUAAAAUUGAAGUCUAUGCUUAUGCAACAAGCCACAAAGAAACAAGUUUACAACUAUACAGAAGCCUCCUGUGAAGAGACCGUAGAAAGCUCGUCGGUUGCAAUUCCAAAUUCUGAUCAUCACAAGAACGCACAAGCCGUUUUCAGUCGUGGGCACAACAACAAAGAGGGUCAUCAUCUCUUCAAUGUUGACGAUUACAAUGCAGUCUCACCAUGUUAUUGGGGUGCUUUUGCAUGAUUAAUAUAUAAAUUAAUUAACUUGUGCUUGAAAAUUACAUUAAAUAAAUUAAUAUAUGUCUAUAUCUUAAGGUUUUUUUAAGAGACUUUAACUAGCUAAAUACUACAAUGUGAAAUGGUACGUACGACUAGCAUUUUGGGAGCUUUCACGCAUAAUUACCCUUGCAUUU